AUGCGUGUCGUCGAACCAAAGCAACAUCAUGAGCAUGGUAACAAGAAGCUGCAGGAUGGUGGAAAUACGGAUGCUGACAGAGAGCUGCAUAGUCAAAGGAGGUCAACGUAUCAAAUGGCACAAACUGACAUCAACAACAAAUGCGAGAACACCUACAACUGGAACUAUGCUAAUCCGUGUGAUACUCAAUCUCCACUUCUUGUUUCGUAUCGAAUCGAACAUUUGCCAUUGCUCCAUACAAACGAGCGUAACCGACCAUAG